AUGAGUGAGGUUCAGAUUUUAAGUUUAAGUGGUAAUAGGUUAUCUGAUACCAUUCCAGAGUGUGUUGGGAAUUGCAGUAAAUUGCGACAACUUUUUUUGGAUGAUAACAAUCUAGUGGGUGUUUUACCAGAGAGUCUAAACAUUGAAAAUCUUGUUUUUUUGAAUGUUAGCAAUAACGAUCUUAAUGGUAGCAUCCCUUUGGGUUCUAGAAACUGUAAGAAUUUGAUUGUUUUGCUUUUGUCACACAACAAUUUUAGUGGGGAGACUCCACCAGGUUUGGGGAAUUGCAGUAGCUUAGCAAUUCUUGGCCUUUUUGAAAAUCGUUUUUCUGGGAAAAUUCCACCAGAAUUAGGGAAGGUAAAGUCCUUGGUAUUCUUACUGUUACAAGCAAACCAACUUGAAGGUAGAAUUCCAGCUGAGCUAGGCCUACUUGAAGAGCUCUCUAGUCUUGACCUUUCUGAAAAUCGUUUGUCUGGGAAAAUUCCACCAGAAUUAGGGAAGUGCGAGUCCUUGAAAAUAUUGAGCUUAUAUAAGAACCAACUUGAAGGUAAAAUACCAGAUGAGCUAGGAAUGCUGAGUGAUUUACGUUAUCUUAAACUGUCUUUCAACAAUCUAUCAGGUGAGAUUCCACAUAUUGUAGCUUAG